GCAGUAUAUGCUGAUAGCUGGUGGUUGCUUACUUGCCAUCAUGUACUUGAAAUCAUAUAAACUAAAGCUAUAUGUACUUGACAUCAUUGGAACAAUUAGACAUCGGGAUUUUUUUAUAACAUUGAGUGAUAUAUGGUCAAUACGGUCUAAAUACAUACAUGUAUUAUGUUUCUAGAAUCAAAAUGUGUUCUGCAUAUAAUAUAUGCUAUCAUAUCUCUCUGUUCUAUAGAGAUAGAGACAGCUUACAGAGCCAAACUAGGUAAUAUAAUCAUGUUAUUAUUGCUCUAUAAGACAAUGGUUGUAAUUGGUUUGUGCAACCAAUUAAUGAUCAAGCCUCAGUUGAAUAAGCUGAUAGCAUUAUAUGCAUGCCCCUUGCUUGGAAACCAUUUCUGGUUGGUCACGGAGAUCUCAAUCAAAACAUGUCAGAAGAUGAAUUUUAACAAUGCAAAAAGUGAGUUUCUAUCACUUCUAUCAGGCCAAGCUAUGAAUACUUCCAGA